CCGGGUCUCCACGGGGAGGUCUCUCUGAAGCACAAGCCUACCUGUUGGAGCUCGCUGCGGGAGCCUGUGCCGACCGUGCACCUAAAGUGCACUUGAGAGGGAACUGGGCAGCUUUAACAUGUCUCCCAGACUAUUACUCUGCGCUGUUUUGGUCGUGUACCACGGGACGCAAACCUGCAGUGGAUUUAAUAUAGAUGAGCGCUUUCCUGUGAUCAAGGAGGGGAAAACCAAAGGCAGUUUAUUUGGAUUCUCAGUGGCUCUACAUGUGCAGACGGAGGGCUCCAGGAGAUACCUGCUUAUUGUAGGAGCACCCAAAGAGAAAGCCAAUGCUCUACAAAAUGUCAACGAAACCGGCGCGGUUUACGCCUGUCCGGUUUCCACAGACCCCUCAGAGUGCUCCAGGAUGGAUCUGGUCAGCACAACAAACCCAUCGGAGAUGGUGGAGGGGAUGUGGCUGGGCGUGACGGUGGCCAGUCAGAGGGGCCUGGCGGCAGGACGCGUGCUGGCAUGCGGACACCGCUACAUAAAGGUUCUCCAAGGUGGCACGGAGGAGCAACGUCGCAUGGUGGGAAAGUGCUUCGUGAGGGGUAACGAUCUGAGCUUCGACCCCACUGACGACUGGCAGACGUACAACUACGAGGUCUGUAACCCCACGUUCGACAUGGAGUUGGAGGGCUUGUGCAACAUGGGAAUUUCAGGCGGAAUAACAGACACUGACGUCUACAUCGGCGCCCCGGGCAGUUACAUGUGGCAAGGAAAUGUUCAUGUGACGUGGAGGGAUCCGGACCCGUUGAACUCCUGGGACAAUGUCGACACAAGCUUUGGGCAUCUCAAAAAACGAUACAUGUACAUGGGUUAUUCGGUUGUGGAGGAGCAGAAGCUGCUGAGCCUCGACGACUACACAGUGGUGACGGGGGCUCCCAGAGAUGAGUCCAGGGGCUCUGUGACACUUGGGAAAAAAGCUCCAACCAAAAUUGAGCAGAAGCUUAUAAUCCCUGGAGAACAAGUGGGUUCCUAUUUCGGGAACAGCCUCGCAGUCACCGACCUCAAUAGUGACGAUUGGAAUGACCUGAUCGUCGGUGCUCCUUUUUACUUCGACCGGAUGAAGCAUCAGGGCGGAGCUGUGUACAUUUUCAUGAAUGAGAAUGGAUCGUUCCAGAAAACCGCCACCAUGGUGCUGAAAGGCCCAUCAGCGUCUGGGUUCGGCUUUGCAGUUGCUGCCAUCGGUGACGUGAACCAGGAUGGAUUCCAAGACUUUGCUGUGGGGGCUCCGUUUCACGACACAGGAAGGGUCUACAUCUGGAUGGGAAGCAAAAAGGGAAUCUCACAGGAGCCCAGUCAGGUGAUUGAGGGCAGGUCCGUGGACAAGGCCAAAUUCCACACUUUCGGCUACUCCAUCAAUGGAGGGGUGGACAUGGACGACAACAGUUACCCUGACAUCUUGGUUGGCUCUCUGGAUGACCGCGUCGCUCUGCUCAGAGCUCGACCCGUUGUCCACCUAAAUAAAUCCUUCACUGUUGAGCCCAAGAUUGUGGAUCCUAAUAAGUGCUCUGGGGGGAAACCAUGCAUUAAGGUUACCGUGUGUAUGUCCUUCACUCUGAGCAAUGGAAUAAAAGACUUCAAAAAAAAUAUUGUGGUGGAGUAUACAGUCGAGGCUGACAUGAGGAGGAUAAGAAGCCCUCGUGUUCGCUUCCAGAACGGUGGCAUCAAAUAUUCUAGCACCAUGAGCAUCCCAUCCUCCAAACCCAUCUGUCAUGAUGUGCGCCUGACUGUACUGGAACCCGUGAGGGACAAACUGGAGCCGGUGGUCUUCUCCCUCAAUAUGUCGUUACAAGAUCAAAAACCUAAAGGCAGACGCCUACAGAACCUGGACUCCUUCCCAGUUCUGAGCCAGGAGCAGAAACUCUCCGAAAGAGCUGAGAUUAACUUUCAGAAGGCAUGUGGUUCAGACAACAAAUGUACCAGUAACCUGCAGCUGACUGCCAAGUUUAUUGAUAAUAAAGGAAAUCCUUACCCCAGGAAAGGCCAAUUCCAAGUCCUCCAGUUCCACAGCAGCAUGAAGAGAAUAAAGCUGGGGGUGGAGGUGACCAACUACGACUAUGGGAAGGAAGCAGAAGAUGCCCACCAGGCGAUGCUCAACGUCACCAUCCCCAAUGCUCUGAAAUAUUACGGUGUCAGAUCUGAGGACCGUGAUGUGGAAUGCACUCUGAGCGGCACAGUCAUUUGUGAGCUGGGGAACCCACUUCCACGCAAUGGAAAGGUGACCCUUCAGCUGUUGUUCGAGACAUCAGGCAUCGACCUGCACACAAGAAAGAUCGAGUCUGAGCUGCUUCUUUCAACUCUUAGUGAGCAGAGUGACCUGACGCCCGUGUCAGUGGCCAUACUGACUGAAAACACCAUUCUCCCCUCCUUCUCCGUUGCAAACCAGUUGGUGCGAAGGAAGUUUAGUGGGACAGUGAUGGGCGAGUCUGCUAUGGGCAACACCAGUGACAUUGGCAGUGUGGUGGAGUUCACCUUCAACGUGGACAUGAGGGGACAACCUCUUGAAGACAUGGGGAGGCUGGUUGUGGAGUUUGAGUGGCCCGCCGAGGCAGCCAAUGGGAAGUGGCUGCUGUACCUGACGAAGGUCGUUGUUACGGGGGACUCAGAGAUGGAGUGCAGCCCUCCCGGAGAAGUCGUCAACCAGCUUAACCUAACUUUGUCAGAAGGCAGAUCCAGGCGCACCAAACGGCAGGCGGCCCAAGAGGACGCUAAUGAACAUUUCCAGGGUCACAUAGAGCCCCAGCCAGCAGUCACACUGCUCACGCAUCACAAAGAGUCUCAUCUGCUGGGAUGCUCCGAGGGGACAGCGAGGUGUGUGACUUUUUCCUGCCCGCUACUAAACAUGACGAAUAAAGCUGAGAUCCGCAUCCGGUCCCGGUUGUGGAACAGUACGAUGCUGGAGGACUAUUCCAACGCUUUGAGAAUCACAGUCAGAGGUCAAGCUACGCUGAAGCUCUUUACAGAUAUACCCAGCAUUAAGAUGGAGAGCCAGACUACCAUGUUUACAGUAGACAUAGAGCCGGAGGAGGGGGUGGAGACGCCCUACGAGCUUCCCCUGUGGAUCAUCAUCUCAGCAGCUGUCGCGGGAAUUCUGCUUCUAGGAAUAAUCAUUCUUAUACUGUGGAAGUGUGGCUUCUUCCAGCGGGCCAGCAGGAGGGAGAUGUAUGAAGCCAAAGCCCAGAAGGCUGAGAUGAAGAUUCAGCCCUCUGAGACUGAGAGGCUGACUGAGGACUACUGAGACCCCCAUGUGUCUCCUGACAGCACACACCGUGGGGGCUUUUGGCUUGGAUUCUUCAAGCGAGCCAUCUACUACCGGAUAAUGCCAAAGCAUCGGGGGGUGAAAAUUCGACGAGCUGAGCGAUAUCAGUUCAAUCUGGGAUUUCAGCUUGAGGAGCCGCAGAAAAAGUACUGGAUCACCAACUGGACAGAGAUGCAGCAUUACUACUACUGAGGCCGUUGCUUUGAACCCUGAACCACUCACUGCUACCGGGGACAAACGAAGCACGCCGGGCAGGAUCGUGCCACAUGGACCUUGCACUGCACGGACCAACUCUGAAUAUUUUAUUCAACCCCCCCCCCCAUUUUUAGACUUAUUCAGCUUUUUCUGUGCAAUAUACUGAACAAUUUGAGAGAUUGUAAUGGUUGUUGAAUGCAGUUUUGUACAUUGGAAUCUGAGUUGCAUUCAAGAGUAAAUUAUAAAUUGUUUUAUGUUAUAGGUAUUAAUGUAUUGAACUUGGUGUCUACAUGCAUUCUUUCGUCUGUUUAGUUUUUUCUAAUCUUCAUUUUUUGUUUUCCAGAAUGUACUUUUGCAUCAUUCCUGCUCAGUCCCGAGACAUCACUUUGUGCUCAGUGAUUGAGGGUUUUAAACUUACAUUUUUUUUUUUUAUUAGAUCAUUUUUCAAAAUUGCACUUGAAAACAUUGACCAGAAUCCACUCGGUGCACGAACAUCUUUAUGCAAACGUGCAUUUCAGUUUUAGACAAACAUCACAUGGGCGACCAAUUCUCUAAUGUGAAAUUUUUCAGAACAAACAUUUUUUUCUCAUUUCAAGGAAAUCUUUGUACUGAAUAAUGAAUUUCGCAAUUCUACAUUAAAUUCCACUUAAAAGGGUCAUGCAAGCAGCAUUACGCUUGUUUGGAUGUUGAAUUUAUCUUUAUAGUACACUUGAUUAUAACUUAUUUCACCAUCUUGAGCAACUAUACCUUACGUGGAUGACUAAAGAAUCUCAAGCAGUCACAACACUGGAUUAAAUGAGACGUGUCCAAUCUGGAUUUUAUAUACAUAGUGACAGGUUACAUCAGCUAUGAAUGAAUGCAUACCGGUACAUACUGGUUGUUGUUCUGUCACUCUUUGUUAUACAAGAUAGUAAGCUGACACUUGGAUUGUAUUCAAGCCAUUGUGGCCCCCGCCGAGGUCAACCAGCAGCACUGAAGACAGACUGGCCUGUGGCCGGUGAGAAGACAAGCAUGAAACAGUCUCCGAUGGGACCAAGUGUUGCGUUACCACUCCAGUCCGCGUUACCUGAUCAGCUCACAGCUACUCUGUUGUGUGAAGCUCCUUUGACUUUUGGAGUUAAGAGGGAAGGGCUGAAACCAAUGCACCAACUCUUUUCUGUGGUGAUGUUAUUUUUGUACUGUGCAGUUUCAGUGUAAUUAAAUUCUUUGCAAACAUA